AAGAUAAAUGUUUUGAUUUACUUGGCAGUUUUGUUUAUGGAUCAUAUUUUUUUUUAUCAACAAAGAUAACAAUGAAGAUUGCGAACCAAUAGUCAAGCCGUUAUAACCCGAACGGAUAUGUGUUAAAUAAGUGAUUGUUGUUCAAAACAAUUAUCAGAAAUGGAUGAAAUGGUUGUUAAUGUUAAUGUUGUCUUGGAGCAAACCGCGAACAAAACUAUUUCGAUACGGGCGACACAGGAAACAACAGCGGAAGAUGUUUGUAUACAAAUAUGUCGAAUUAUUGGUAUUGGUACACUUGCCAGACACCUGUUCGCCCUACGGGUUACAGGUGAAAAGUACUUCCUGGCUUCCAAUCAUAAAUUUAAGGACAAACUGACCACAGUGGAUUUUCGAAUAAGAUUUAAGCCAGCAAACCUACCCAAUUUAGCUAAGACUGAUGCUAAAGCAUACGAUUACUAUUUUCAUCAAGCCAGGACUGAUGUUUUGGAAAACAACAUUCCUGAUUUAGAGUUUGAGAAAUACAGACAGGAGUUGAUUGGUUUGGGGAUUACAGAUAUGUAUAGAGUAAUGUUGGAAAAGGAUAUUCCUAGGGACACUGUGGAGAAUGAGUACAAGAAAUAUAUACCUAAGGAAGUCUUGAAAAGACAUCAUUUUUUUGUAAAAAAGCCUAUCCAUUAUAUGUUAAGGAAAUUACAACAAGCCAAUUAUGAUGUUUCAUAUGUUAAAUCACAAUAUAUUAGUCAAUUAGAGAUAAUUGCACCAGAAUAUUUGUCUGAACAGUAUGUGGCUCUUACUUGUGAUACUGAAUCAUGUUACAACAUAAAUGUUAAAAUAUCACCAUACCAUCCAACCCAACCAGGACUUGUAUAUACUACAGACUCAAAAAAAGAUAAAUUGGUUAUAAUAUGCACAAUAGAAGAUUUAGGAUUUAUUUCAAUUGGACGUGAUUUAAAAGUCGAAAUUGCACGUAAAAAUGGUAUACCAUUUUAUUUGAAAUUCGCAUCUAGCAAUCAGAUGUCAUCAUUUAUAACUGCUUUGGAUGGAUACUACAGACUGACCUGCAAAUGGACCUACAACAUUUGCAAGGAAAUUAGUACACCAUCUUUGCAAAAAUUGUUUCAAAUGAAGUGCCAUGGCCCUGUGGGUGGUGAAUUUUCUUAUGCUAAGUUGGAAGAGAAGAGGAACAAUAAAACAGGUUGUUUCAUUAUCAGAGAAAGUGAAUCUAACUACAAUGAAUAUUUUAUUGAUGUAUGCUGUAAGGAUAGCUUAAAGCCCAAGACAUACAAAUUGGAAAAAAUUAGUAAAGGAGAGUACAUUUUUAACGACGAUGUUACGCGAUAUCAGUCGAUUAAUCAACUUAUUGCUGCUUAUAACGAUCCGAACGGCGAUAUUUUUUUACAAGAGUGUCUGCCUGCUUCUGAAUAUGAUAUUUCACCCCUUUUGCUUUGUCGAAGUGAUAAUAUUAUUAUUGAAUCUUUGACUGAUAGUUCAGCUUUAACUACACAACUACCAGCUGCUCCAUUAUGCAUAAAUCCUAAAGAUCUCCAAGUUUACAAAGGUAAAAAGAAAAGUGGUUUAAGAGGGAUCACAAUGGUAUACAGAAGUAUGUGGAAAAUCACAAAAGAUAAAAAAAUUGAAGUUGCUAUGAAAAUAUUGAAAGAUGAAUCAUCUGAACGAUUUCUCAAGGACUUUUUAACUAUAGCAGGACAAUGGGCAUUUUUAAAUUCUAGUUCUAUUGUUAAAAUGUUUGGAAUUACUCUGUCUGGAAAUAUAUCCUAUGUCUUGGAAUACUUUCGACUGGGUCCACUUGACCAAUAUUUACGUGAGAACAAACAUACUAAACUCCUUAAACAGGUUGACCUAAUCGAAGCCGGCAGUAACUUAGCAUAUGCUCUGUGGCAUUUGAAAGAAAACGACAUUAUUCAUGGGAACAUCAGAUGUAGAAAAUUAAUGGUAUGGACCCACGAUGAAAACUCAUUCACUGUAAAACUGGCCGAUCCAGGCAUUCACAGCUCCUAUACAGCCGCUGACGUCCAUUGGAUUCCUGUAGAAUGUUACGGGAAUUUCGAUUACGCAAGGAGGUCCGCUACAGCGGACGUUUGGGCCUUCGCCACCACCAUGUGGGAGAUCUUCACAUUUGCCGAGGAUCUCACAGCGCUAGACCAUUUACAAUAUAAAAUGGGAUACAUGGCCGGCCAAAGGCUGCCGAAACCCUCACUGUGUCCUGAGGAACUUUACAGUUUAUUAAAAGAAUGUUGGGAUGGAGAUCCCCAUCGCAGGAAGCGCCCUCAAGCUAUCCUGCGAGAUAUCAAUCAAAUGCUUUAUCAACUGUUUAAUUCGAGAAAGGUACAUACUUACGCGACAUUAGGUCCGAGGGCUUCCAGACAGAGUCUUAUUUCGAGCAGGACGGAAUCCACGACUGUAGGGCAUUCCGCAGACUUAGUUCCUGCCAGUGAUGUAGAUAGUAUUUGUUCAGGUUCCAGUUACAACGACAAUGUUAAUUUACUGUGGCCCUCUGAAAUGCAAGAAUUAGGGGACCACAGUGGAUGGGCAUCCAGUGAUUUUUCUAAUUUCGUAAACUUAAGUCUACCGACAGCGACAACGUCCUUAGAUAGCUUGUCCUCUAUGCAGAGCGCCUUCGAAUUGGAUGAGGAAUGUCGCGUGGUACUGCAGGGACGAAUCGGACAAGGUUUUUAUGGAGAAGUCUUCAAAGGUAUGUUAGAAUAUUUAAACGCUGAACAGGAACCCAGGAAAGUAGCUGUAAAAAAGCUGAAGUCAUCCGCACAAACUUCAACCAUACAGGAUUUUGAAAGAGAAAUUAACAUCAUGAAGGAGUUAAAACACCCAAAUAUAGUGGAAAUACUUGGAGUCUUUAGAGAAGAUGACAUUUCUUUGAUUAUGGAAUUCGUAGAACACCGCUCCCUGCAAAGUUAUUUAAAAAUACACAAGGAUCUCGACAAUCAACACCGUCUGAAAUAUGCCCUGGACAUAACAAAAGGUAUGGAAUACCUGGGCACGAAAAACAUCGUGCAUCGCGAUCUUGCCGCCCGCAACAUCCUUGUUGUAGAUAAAAACCACGUGAAAAUAUCAGACUUUGGUCUUGCGCAGGUGCUUGGAGCCAACGAAUACUACAUCCUGAAAACGAACCGCGAAAUGCCGAUCAAGUGGUAUGCGCCGGAGAGCUUGCGUGACGGAAAAUUCUCCAAAGCAUCCGACGUUUGGUCGUUUGGUGUCACUAUGUGCGAAUUAUUUAACUAUGGCGAAGAGCCACAGUUAGCAGUGCGAGAUGUGCACUGCGAGGGACUCGAACAAGAGAUCUUGUUGAAUGCGUUAGAGCAAGGCGUGAGAUUCCCUUGUCCGCAGUCUUGUCCACGGAUGUACUACAGUCGACUGAUUUAUCCGUGUUGGAACGCUAAUCCUAAGGACAGACCCGAAUUUAGACAGUUGAGGGUGGAAACUGAGGAUAUUUUAACGAACGCUCAUCUUUGACUAGUUCAAUAUUAAGAUUUUCACACGCACACGUGUUAAAAACGGGGUUCUUAAGGGUUGAUUAAUCUGCCUUGUGAAUUUUUUAAGCCUAAUUUGACUUUGGCAAAAUAUUGUUAUUUAUAAUUGGUACCUUGUCCUGAGCAUUUGAAUUUUGUCAAUUGUAGCUUAUGUGCAGAUAAAUAUUGUACAUAACAAAUUUGAUAGUACAAACUAUUGUACAUUUAUAAGAACAAUUUGUUAUUUUUAGUUGGUUUCAGAUUGUUAUAUUGGUCUAAAGAACCAAAAUGUUUUUGUGGAUUUUUCCACUGUAAUGUAUGUUAUAUUAACAUAAGCUUUAUUAUACAAUUUGUGUAUUUUAUUAGAGGCACUCUGCAAUAUAUACACAUCUUGGAAUUUUUCUUAUAAAAAUAAUUUACUAACAAAUUUCUACAUUUCUGAGAAAUGCAAAUUGUAUAUUGGUGCAUUUUUAUUUAAUUGUUUGAUGAAUAUAUAGAUUGUAUAUUUUAUAAUUGAUAUUUUAUAUAUACUAUGUUAGUACCUGUAUAAUUUUUAAGCACCUUUGUCGCUCAAUGUCUGAACAUAAAUGUGCCAUUACUGUUUUCGUAUAAGAAAAAUAUAAUGAAAUAAAUUGUCAUAUCCUAAAGACAA